CUCUCUCUCUCCUCCCCUAUUUCUGUCUCUGUCUCUUUCUUUCCUUCUUCCUCUUUUCUUGUCUCUUCUCCCUCAGCAGGUAGGGGAAAGUUGCUGUCUUUAUAUUCACUGUGCCUCUCAGGGAGCUUUAAACAUAAUGGAGGCUUGAUAAAUAAUUUUGAAUUAAAUUGCUAGCCAACUGAGAGCAAGGCUGGAAGAAAAGGAACAUAGAAGGGUAGUAGAGAUCAUUUGGAGUGGAGAUUUGUGCCCUAUCAGACAAGCUUCAUUAACUUGCCAGGUUUCUUGAGAUGAGCCCUUUUUCACAGAAUGACCUCUCAACCUUCAGGAAAAGAAACCCUAGCUUUCCUUCCUCCUCCCUGCCUAGAUAUAAUUAGACCUUCUCUCUUUAAGGGCUAUUUGCACCAUAGUUAUUUAUAAAGUAAUGGUUUAGGUGGCAGAAAAGUAUUUUCUGGGCUCCUCUCUCUCGUCUAGUCUCACUGAGUUUCUCCUCUUUGACACAGUUCAGCUAAGAUACUGUGGCAGUAAAUAUCCUUUCCUGGUUAGAAUUUCUGCUUCUCUUCCUUUUUCCUCCCUCCCCUUGUGUCACCAACCCAUAUCCGGGUUACUCUGUUCUCAGUGCUGACUUGUUCCACUUAUCAGAUCACACUGCAGAGACAAGCUACUGGAGAGGCAAGUUCAGACUUCAGACUCCUGGCAAAAGAGAGUCUCGGCUUAUCUGGUAAAGAGAACUCAGCUUGUUUUUAGCCUCUCAUCAAGAGCAAAGAAACCUGGGUUCUGUUCUCAGCUGCUGCCACUCUGUGUUUGAUCUUGGAAAUCACUAGUCCACUUUGGUCCUCAGCUUCGUCAUCUGUCACGUAGGUGAUAGAUAAUCUGCCUACUUCAAGGAACCCAUGAGGAUCAGAUGAGAAUGGAUAGAACACUGAUUUGAAAACAUUUACUCUUAGAAGAAAUGACCAAUUAUCAAUCCCUUGGACAAACUCUGCAGAAAGAAAUGGAGAAGUUGAAGCAGGAAAAAGAUGGAGAUGUUGAUGUGGAUGGCAAUAACACCGAUCCUAAGCCACUGAGGAUCAUUCUGAUUGGAAAAACAGGAGCUGGGCGAAGUGCAACAGGAAACAGUAUACUGGGGAAAAGUAUAUUUGAGUCCAAGCUGGGAUCCCAGGCAGUAACUAAGAAAUGUCAGAUGGAUACUGUGAUUUGGAAUGGGAAAAGAAUCUUAGUGAUUGAUACUCCUGCCUUCUGUGAGUCAGGUGCCUGGACUGAAGAGAUAUAUAAAGAAAUUGGAGAGUGUUACCUUUUUUCCUCCCCGGGUCCUCAUGCAUUUGUCUUGGUGACUCAGAUUGGCCGCUACACCACACAGGAUAAGGAGGCACUGAGGAAGGUGAAGACAAUAUUUGGAAUAGAAGCCAUGAGACAUCUAGUCAUGCUUUUCACUCGUAAAGAAGAUUUAGGGGAAUCUUUAGAUGAUUAUGUAACAAAUACCCACAACAUUGACCUACAAUGGGGGAUCCGAGAAUGUGGCAAGCGAUUUUGUGCCUUCAACAACCGAGCCACUGGGGAGGAACAGAGGGCCCAGGUGGCAGAGCUGAUGACUAUAAUUGAGAAGAUGGUGGAGGAGAAUGAAGGCAACUAUUACAGCAAUGGCCUUUACCUUUAUGCUGAGAUCUUUCAGCGAUCUGACAGUAGAGAGUAUGAAGAAAGAUACCAAAACUAUUUGAGAAAAGUGAAGUUUGAAAUUCAAAAGCAGACAUUGGACUUAAUAGAGGAUGAAAGUAAUUGUCUUGGCCAGGCAUUUGUGAAGGCACAAAAAUGGAUUUCUUCCCAUCUUAGGAUCUGCUUUUGUCUUUUGUUCUUUGCCUUGAUUUUUAUUGCCAUUAUAGUUGCCAUCUGUACUAUUCAAACAGCCUAAGCAAUUUUCUAAGGUGGUGUUUAAUAGUAAUCACUGGAAGAGGUAAUUUUCAGGACCACCAUCUUGGAAUUUUUUCUAAAUGAAUUUCUCUAAUUUUAGAAAACAUAUAUCUCAAGUCUUAUUCCUCUAGAGAAUAGUAUAAGACAUGUAAAUGAAGUAAAUAGUUUUCUUAUUUCUUUUCAUAAGAAUUAGGAAAUUAAACUGAUUCAGAUAUCUGUUACUAUUAGUUGAGUAUUAAUGGGGAAACUCUGAGUAUCUAAGGUGACCUCUCUCCUAUUAUUUCUCUAUGUCAUUUGCCUUGGCAAUACAACUGAUUACUAAGGUUUCAAACAUAUAUCUCUAGAUCAGUCUCUUUAGAACUACAGAUCUGUUGGCAUCUAUAUAUGAUAAUAUUUCGCAGACAUACUUGGUUUGAUAAAAUAACCUACCAAACGAAUUUUCCAUAUGAAUUAAACCAUUUUUUCUAAUAAAAAUUUUAAGCUAAAAUAUAAA